AUGCAUGAUGUUUGUAAUUACGACACAUACUUCGUUCAGAAGUACGAUGCUAUUAGGGUUUUGGGUAUUCUUCUGAAGCAAAAACUUACAGCUGCUUUACGGAUACUUGCGUAUGGGGCAUCUGCAGACCAAGUGGAUGAGAUUGCUAAGAUGGGGAAAUCAACUAUCCUAGAGUGCUUGGUCAAAUUUUGUGAUGCAAGAUAA